UGUAAUGCUUCUCUAAAUAGAACGUAUUGUAAUCUUUUCUCAGUCCAACGUGGUUCCUUCUCUAAGUGUGCCGCUUCUUCUGUACACUUGUUUGGCAGUGGCAGUGAUGAACUCGGAGCAGGAAAGGCCGUUUGUGUGCAGCGCCCCGGGCUGUUCUCAGAGAUUCCCAACAGAGGAUCACCUGAUGAUUCAUCGGCACAAACAUGAGAUGACCCUCAAGUUCCCCUCCAUAAAGAAUGACAACAUGCUGUCAGACCAGACGCCGACGCCCACACGGUUCCUGAAGAACUGCGAGGAGGUGGGGCUCUUCAGUGAGCUGGACUGCUCCAUCGAGCAGGAGUUCCGCAAAGCGCAGGAGGAGGAGGACAGCAAACAGAACAUUUCUCUUCAAGGGUCAGCAAGCCAGAACCAGCACCAGCCCCACCCCCGCAUGACGAACCACGACAGCAGCAUCGUGAUCCAGCCCGCACUGCCCUCGCCCCAGUCCAGCUCCGUCAUCACCCAGGCCCCCUCCACCAACCGACAGAUAGGGCCUGUACCAGGCUCGCUGUCAUCGUUGCUACACCUACGGAACAGACAGAGACAGCCGCUACCUGCCUCGAUGCCAGGCACACUGCCAGAUCCCACCAUGCCCGGCUCUUCUGCUGUGCUGAUGCCUAUGGAGAGACAGAUGUCUAUGGGCUCCACUAUGAUGGGCAUGCAAGGCCCCACCCACAGCAGCUCCUGCUCCUCCCCCCACGUUCCUUCCAUGCACUCAGAGGCUAAACUGAGGCUAAAGGCUGCCCUCACGCACCACCCAGGAGCCAUCGCCAACGGCAACAUGAACACCAUGGGUCACAUGAUGGAGAUGAUGUCAUCACGGCAGGAGCAGGCAGGGCACCAUCACCUGCACUCGCACCCUCACCAGCACCUACAGGGCCCACCCCAUGGCUACCAGCACCACGCCCACCACCACCACCACAGCCACGCCCAGGCUCAUGCUCAGAGUGGGCACCACCAUCCACAUGGCCACCACCACUCGCACCAGCCACACCUGCACCCUGGCCACACCCAUCAAACCUCUCCACACCAACCAAUUCACUCUGGAGCACCUUCACAGUUGUCUCCGGCUGCGCAGCAAAUGCAGCCAACGCAGACCCUGCAGCCUCCGCAGCCCAGUGGAGGCCGUCGCAGGCGGGUCGUAGAUGAGGAUCCAGACGAGCGGCGGCGGAAGUUCCUGGAGAGGAACCGGGCGGCAGCCACACGCUGCAGACAGAAGAGGAAAGUGUGGGUGAUGUCAUUAGAGAAGAAAGCAGAGGAGCUCACGCAGACCAACAUGCAGCUGCAGAAUGAAGUGACCAUGCUGAAGAAUGAGGUGACACAGCUCAAACAGCUCCUGUUGACACACAAGGACUGUCCCAUCACAGCCAUGCAGAAAGAGUCCCAGGGGUAUCUCAGUCCGGAGAGUAGCCCAGCAGAAAGUCCCACCCCCGUAUGCUCCCAGCAGCAGGUCAUCCAACACAACACCAUCACCACCUCCACCACAUCAGUAGGGGGCAGCGCUGUGCUUGGCCAGCUCAACCACCGUACAGACAUCAACCCCAUCCACUAGAGACUGGUGGCUCUGCCCAGCAGGGUGUGGCCCAUCACAGCAUCCCUGCUGUGUCCUCGUUCAGGAUCCUAUACAGAGAAACCUCUGAUGCCUGGAAUGCAACUCUUUUUACAGUAUGUAUUUUUAUAGACUCAUUUAACUCAUCUAUGUUCUUCACAAAUGUUUGUCAAAUUCAUUGUGAUUCUUUCACUGAAAAAAGGGAGAUUUGCAAUUCAUGCAUUGAACAUUUAACUGGGAUUUUUUUUUUUAAAUGCUCCCUAUUUGUGGUACAAACCCAAGGGACCACUUUGGUCAGAAAUGCAAAUGCCACCCCUGACCAUCAAACCCCCUUGCACUUGGUGACCCUUCCAGGCAGUGCUCAGGCCUCAGGCAGCACUUCUGUCUUUUGCUCUUCUUUGGUGCUUCCUGGACAACUUCAGCUACUGCUCUCCCAUCAGUAUUAACUCUCGCUUCAGGAAUCACACUGCAGCCCUGAAAUAUAACAGCUUUGCAAAUGAAAGCGCUGCCAUACAGGUAUUAAUCACAGUGCAUAAAGAAGAGAGAAACUGCAAUGUUCUUUUCAUAACUCUGUGCAUUCCCCUCAUGAAUAAAAUGUGUGGGUCAAUAAAAGGCAAAUGUGCAAAGAAUGGUAUAAUGCAAUUAUGAGGGGACUGAGAUUAAAUCAUAGAUUAUAUUUAUAUGGAUUUAUUAGUAAAAACUCUUUUCAAACCUACCACUGAUACCAUGAAACCUACACAAUAUUAACAGAAUAAGUCUAUAUUGAAACUAUUUGUUGUAAUAAAGCAUGUUCCACAGCCCUGGUUACACCCUCCAAAGUUUUAGCAUGUAGACCAAUAUACUGUCACCUCACUAUGACAGGAAUGUUCCACUUUCUCUCAGCUUGGAAUGUGUACUCUCUGUGUUUAGCAGCCAGCAUGAUGUCUGACUUUGCAUUCAUUAUGGACCAAUAUGAUCGCUGAAACAGCACUGUCUGCAUGUGGUGUUAAAUGAGUCCGAUCGUUCAGUCUUGAAGUAUUUCAUUCAUUUCUUUUUAUUCAGCAGAUGCCUUAUUUUUCCCAGGCCAACUUCAGUAGCUUACUCCACACCUUCACAAAAAAAACAUGUAUUGCACAUCAGUUGAAAUGAAUCAUUCACAUACUGGUUUUCAGAAAAAAAUUUAACGUAAGGAUUUUUGAUAUUGACUGAAUGUUGUUGGUGAUUACAUCGCAAUUUGUGACUGAUCCUGAUGAUCUCAACUGGCUAAAGCCGAAUUUAUAAGUGCUACGUCACCUUGUUGUGAUUCAUGAUUUAGACUCUUGGCCUAUAGUAGAAAGAUUGUGCUUAUCUGUACAGAUUUCACCUUCCUAGAUACCAAUGCCACGAAGGCACUGUAUUAAGCAUGGCAUAUUACUCAUUUUCUGUUUUCCUUUCUUCGUUUUCUCCUAGAGAGAGAUUCAACAGUUAGUUAUAUUAUAUUAACAUACCUCAUCACCUGUGCCCUGCCGUCUGUCUGACUUAUGAGCAGGUGUGACAAUUAUGCAACCAUCAACGCCACUCAAAAUCUGUCGUGAACGAUCACUUAAUUGGAUCAUAACUGAUUGUACAAAUGUUUUAUCAAAAGUCCACAUUUGUCUGUUCCCAUUGAUGCAUAAUGAAGUGACAUUUAUAUUGAUGCUCAUUAUAUUAUGAUUUUAUAUAGAUUUAGAUAUUCUGAAGCAAGUCAGGUUAAGUACCUUGCUUAGGGUACAGUGGUUAUACCACAUAGGAUCCAACUAACCGCAUUCUGGUAUUGAGCCCAGGUUGUUGGAUUAGAUGGCGCAAUCAACACCAAAUGAAUGCAACAUUCCAAAGUCUCACCCAGUAUUGCCUUCAGUAUUCUCUAUAAGAUGUAAUUUAUGCAGAAAACCAGAAAACAGAAUGCCCACAUUUGUCAGCAUCAAUCAGGUAAGAUUGUGCACUGAGCCCUAUGGGUUAUGUGGUGGAUUGACAAAAAAAUGAAUGUGUCUCCUCCACAAAUUGUAAUUGUGUCAGUAUGUCUUGUGCUGGCCAAUGGAAAAGUGUUCAUUAAAAAUAGUUUCUGUCUUUAUUAAUGUAUGGUAAUAAAUGAUAUCUACAAUGAGUGGUAUACCUACCUUUAUAACACAGUUACAGACCAGAUUCUGCUUUUCAAAUAUCACAAUGUGCCUGAAUUAUUUUCAGUAUUUGCUUUCUUGCAGUUCAGUACAGGGGAUAUCAGAGUUAAUAUAAUUUGCAGAUUAAUAAUUGAAUCAUUAACAAAAUGUGUAUGUUCCCCACUGAUUGACAACUGACUACUGCUAGUUUUGCUUGUUUGUGAAGGGUACCACAAGAUUGAUGUCUGCUUCCUGGCCUUGGUUUUGUCGAAGGGUUGCAUUUGUGUUUUGAAGGAUGAAGCGUGGGCUGAUGUGGACCUUAUUUUAGAUUCACUCCUAGAAACAGGAUAAUUUUCUCACUGUCCUUUAGAUUCAGGGAACCCAUAAUUCUCUAAGAGGUUUAAAUGACUCGGUGGAAUGGUUUUCGGGAAUGAGAGAACUCCUGAGUCCUGGGUGGCUGCAUUGUCUGCUAGGCACUGAACCACCACUGAAUUUUAGCUUUCUUCCUCAGUUUGAUAAGCUUCAGUGGUUUAGCCUUACAGAAGAGUAGAAUUCUGUAGGGGGAAGUUUCAAGUUUGCUUUUUCAUCAGCCCUGAAAAAAAUCCUUCAAACACAAACUCCCGCUUUUACUCCAGAAGCAGUCCAUGGUUUUUACAGUUUUCUGUAAAUGACUGUAAAUGUUUAUUGGUUUAACAUAGGAAACAAUUCAUUUUGUUUAAUUAGCUCCACUGUUUUCUGAAGGCCCUACAAAAGUCAGAACUAGACAUGUCUAAACAUUUCUUCAUCAUUGCAAAACCAGCAUACUUGUAUUAGCAACCUCCAACAUUGCUGCAACAUUGAAUUGAGUAUCCAUUAGACAUGCCCGAUCUUGUAUUUGGAUCUGUCUGGCAAUAAUAUAAAUAUGUGGAGACCUUAUGUACAGUAGAUCUCUAUGCACUUUGUCCUUAGGGAUAUCAGAGGGUAGAACAGCCAUAUUGAAGUCUCAGUGAUAUUCUGGAGUGACGUUCAUUCUAAUCACUGUAAUGGUGCUCUAUUCUUAACUUUGAAUUUAAGCAAGUAUGAUUUUUAUUUUAAUUCUCUGCCGGUAUUUAUCAUUAAUUGUAAUGACCACCAACCUCACUGUAGCGUAAUCAACACAAAUUUCAUACUUGUGUAAAUCUAUUACUAAGGACAAAACACCAUGGCAGUUAGAUUGAAUGUCUCUCUCUGUCCCUGCACCAGCGAGAGACAUGGUCAUUCUGUAUAGUCUUGGCAAUGAAGCUUAUGUGUGAUUAAUGUGUCAUAUUUGACAGGUCUUGGACUGUGUGUGUGUGUGUGUGUGUGUGUGUGCGUGUGCAUGAGUGUGUGUGUUUGUGUGUGAUUGGAAUGAAGAGAAAAGCCAAGAUCUUUCACAGAUCUCAGCCUUACUUCUAGAGCUUUGUGGACUGACCAAGGUGCCCUUAAGCUUUAAUAUUUUCUGUCAGUCUUAAUGUUAUAUGUUGGUGUUCUCUGUCUGCUGUCUUUCAUAAGUCCUCCUACUGUAUGAUGUAGCAGAAUGUUUUUUUUUUCUUAAUGCAGCCAUGGAUAACCAGUUUGCACAUUGUGAAUAGUACUUGUGCUAAUCGUGAACUGGAAUAGCGCUUUCUGUCAUCCUUUCUGUGUGGUGAACAAUGCUGGUGGGUUGGGAUUGUGCAGUUUGGCAGUCAUUAAAGGGAAUUGUUCCCUCUUGGAUUGUCCUGGCAAGAAUUGCUAGUUCAACAGAAAAGUACAUUUUGUAUCUAAUUUUAUCAUUGUCAUAUAUUCUAAGUGAUGGGGCUUUGGGGUUUAUUUUCGGAUUCUGGGUGGCAGUGUCUUGUUCUAAUAUCAUCAUAUGACAAAAAGGAACAUAGCCAGCUACUUCUCAUCCUCCUCAACUGGAAAAUGUUUUUUAACAUAAAAUUUACAAGUAAUGUGUUUAUCUGUGCUUUUUUAUUUUGCUGUUGAAGAUGGGCUAAAUGAGUGAGAUAGACAAGGUGUGUCCUGUGUCAAUUGUGUAAUCAGACCAGGAAAGCAUGAGGUUUGUGAGUGUGUGCGAGUUUGUGUGUGUGUAUGUGUCUGCGUGUGUGUGUGUGUGUGUGUGUGUACGUUUUAGGUGGGAAACAAUGCAUAUACAUAAAUAAAAGUAUAACUAUCAUUUUAAAUAUAAACUUAUAAAUAUAAACCUAUAAAUACUGUAUAGAAUCCCAUAAUUUUGUAAUCUUGUACAUGUAAUGUAACCACCUUUCUUUCUGGAAGGAGUCAAUGUUUGGUACAUGUUUGUAAAUAAUGUUUGCAUAGCAGUUGUUACUUUCAAAUGUAUGUUAUGUCAAGAGUCAUUUCUGCUAUUAGGACAUGUUUAUUGUUAAAUAUGCAUAAUGAAUUAAUGAAUUCAUACUUGUCUGCAUAACCUUGUACAUUUAAAAGAAAUGUUUAAUGCCUUGAACUGUUUCUGUUGUUUUGUGUUUUUUUGCAUUUGUACAGAUGUAAAAUAUCACUGAAGCUACAGUACAGUAUGAAAAUAAAGCACUUGUUCUAUAACACGG